CCAAGACAUAUAUAUGAGAACUUUGCUGUUUAUACCAAAAAUAAAAUAUUAAUGUUGACUACUGUUAUCUUAAAAGAAAAUGGGAAAAAAUUAUAAAUAAAUGCUUCGUGGAACCAUGAGGAUUUUGCAAGCGAUAUUUUGUUAUUUUCGUAAUAUAAAUAUAUUUAGUUAAUGUCGUGGAGAGACUCCCGAACCCACAACGGACAUGGCGUCUUCAUCUUCCUCAUCGUCUUCUUCGCUUUCCUCUCUGUUCGCCAUCGCCGUUCUGAUUCUAAUUGUUCCAACCGCCGAAUCGGUGAAAUCACCGUUUCACCCUCGCGACUUGCUUCCGCAUUUGCCAAGGCAAAUCACGUGGCCGAUUCUCAACUCCCUUUACGGCGCCGCCGAUCUGCUUCCCACUUUCAUCGGAACGGCGAGUGAAGGGAACGAUGCCGUUAAGUGGAAAGGUGCUUGUUUCUACGAGAACAGGGCUUGGCUGGAGUUCCACAACAAGUCCGGUAGCGAGUUUGGCGGAGGCACGCUUCACAUCAAGGCGGAUAAAGCACAUAGUUGGACUUGCAUGGAUCUUUAUGUCUUUGCAACUCCAUACCGCGUGACAUGGACUUGGUACUUCAUUUCACGGGCGCACACUGUUGAAUUCCCAGAAUGGGAUGGAAGAGCCGAGUAUGAAUAUGUUAAGAAUAAAGGAGUCUCUAUAUUCCUUAUGCACGCAGGGAUGUUAGGAACACUUCAAGCACUGUGGGAUGUUUUUCCUCUCUUCACCAAUACCGGUUGGGGUGAAAGCUCUAAUCUUGCGUUCCUGGAGAAGCAUAUGGGAGCUAAUUUUGAAGCUCGUCCUGAACCGUGGGUUACAAACGUUACAACUGAUCAAAUCCAAUCUGGUGAUCUACUAGCUAUCUCGAAGAUCCGUGGACGGUGGGGUGGUUUUGAGACUCUUGAGAAGUGGGUGAGCGGGGCAUAUGCUGGUCAUUCCGCUGUCUGCUUGAGAGACUCCGAAGGGAAACUAUGGGUUGGUGAAUCAGGGAAUGAAAACGAAAAGGGAGAAGAUGUAAUAGCGAUAUUACCAUGGGAGGAGUGGUGGGAAUUUGAACAAACAAAGGAUGACUCGAACCCUCAGAUCGCGUUGCUACCUUUGCAUCCUGAUGUUCGUGCUAAAUUCAACGUCACUGCUGCGUGGGAAUAUGCUCGGAGCAUGGAGGGUAAACCAUAUGGUUAUCACAACUUGAUUUUUAGCUGGAUCGAUACCGUUAGUGAAAACUACCCGCCUCCUCUAGAUGCUAAUCUUGUUGCUUCAUUCAUGACUGUUUGGAGCAAAAUGCAGCCUGAUUACGCUGCUAAUAUGUGGAAUGAAGCCUUGAACAAGCGACUCGGAACAGAGGGUCUUGAUCUUUCUGAUGUACUGGUCGAAGUAGAGAAGCGCGGAUCCUCUUUUGACAAAUUACUGGCAGUACCCGAACAAGACGAUUGGAUAUACAGCGAUGGUAAAUCAACCUCGUGCAUCGCUUUCAUCCUCGAAAUGUACAAAGAAGCUGGCCUGUUCGGCUCACUGGCUAACUCUGUUCAAGUCACAGAAUUCACGAUCAAGGAUGCUUACAUGCUCAACUUUUUCGAGACCAAUGUAAGCCGUCUUCCUAACUGGUGCAAUGACAAUGACAACGUGAAGCUUCCUUUCUGCCAGAUUCUCGGUAAAUACAGAAUGGAACUUCCUGGUUACAACACCAUGGAGCCAUACUUGCAUAUGAAUGAACAAUGUCCAUCUCUGCCUCCAAAGUACAACAGACCAGAGAACUGCUAGAACAAUGAAAAUUAUAAAGUUGUCUUCUACAGAUGUCUGUUUGUUAGGAAAAAAAAGUUUAUGUAAUACCCGUUGAAAACUCUUUAACAAGUUUUAGUUCAUCUGUUUGUAAAUAUAUAUUAUUGCUCAGGUUUGUAGCUACUGAAACUACACACUCUGAUUGUUUGGAUUAUAUGUAACCCAAAAUAGGAAUCGAAAAAUUUAACAUUCCCUUGGGUUUGGCUUUUAAGCAAAUUCCUUUUUUCG